UGUGUUACGCGCAUCUCUAUUGCUUUUGCCUGGCGGAUGCCGAUCGGGGGAGGACCGAGCACCGAGAGGCCAAGGAAAGGAGGCGAGUCAAGGACUUCCUUCUGGGGAGGGAGCUUGGAUUCGGGAGGCCGCGCUGGGCCUGUCGGACUAGGCGUCCGCGCGCGUGGGAGAGCUCAGUCAUGUCUGUACAUUCGGUGAUGCGCACCCUGCGCAAGAACAAGACGCUUCGCUAUGGAGUCCCCAUGCUGUUGCUGAUUGUUGGAGGUUCUUUUGGUCUUCGUGAGUUUUCACAAAUCCGCUAUGAUGCUGUGAAAAUUAAAAUUGAUCCUGAAUUAGAAAAAAAACUGAAAAUGAAUAAAAUAUCAUUGGAAUCCGAGUAUGAGAAAAUAAAGGACUCCGCUUUUGAUGACUGGAAGAAUAUUCGAGGACCCAGGCCUUGGGAAGAUCCUGACCUCCUCCAAGGACGAAAUCCAGAAAUUCUUAAGACUAAGACAACUUGAUUCAGUUGAUUCUUUUCUUUUCUUUUUCUUUAAACAAAAAUGUUAUCAACUGGAAUUCCCACUACAUACUCAGGGGGAAGAAAAUUUCAGACCUGCAGAAGCUUGGAUGUGAGUAAUGUGAUGACAGAUAAUCUUGAUAAAAAAUCACAGUAACAUCAGGCAGUGAUUUUUUUGUCAAUCCUGUGUAGGAAAAUAAUAUCAGUCACAGGUGAUGAGAGUUUUGGUUUUACUUAUAAUACCUCACAUGAUAUACUAAUCAGUCUCCAAAGUAUAUAACUGAUGAUUGUGUUGAUACCAUUAAAACAUGUUGAGAAAAUAAUAUUGUUCUUGGUUAAGGCAAAGAUCAUGUAGUAGUACAUAUUAUAUACAGAUACAACAAAUUUGUUCAAGUAUUCCAAAUUUGUUAUCUAUGUGACUACAAUUUAGAAAUACUGCUUUAAAGGUAUACUUUAUGCCUUAGCAUAAUUUGCAUGCAACUUGACUAUAGUUCUGUUCUUUUUCUUUUUUUAACUUGGGGUUUGCUAUGAUCUAAAUGCUAGGCAAAAAGAUAGAAUUGAGAGAA